AUGGCGGGUGAUUUUAUCGAGGAGGUUAUGCAGCAGAAGGCGCCAGGGGUGCCUGAUAAUAUAAAACUUCAACAACCCCAUACCAGCUCCAACCCCCAAGGGGUCCGCAAGCGUCUCUCGGCGAACUUUUUCAAAGCGACCUUUAGCUCGCGUAACAAAGCGGUGUCAACCGCUGUUUCUUCACGUUCCGUCGAAGAAACUACAAAAAUAGGCAGCGCGGAGACUAAGCCUAUUACUAGAAAUAGGCCUAGAUCAGUUUCGCAAUUAGAAGAAACAAAAUCAAAAGCGAAAAAGGGUAUAGAACGUUCAAAACCGGUUAACCGCUUCGAUAAGCCCCCCUGUCCUGAGCGACCACUGAGGGCAAAGCAGUUGACACCUGAACCCUCGGACCACAAAACUGCAUCCGAACAAAAGUCUCAACAUGACCUGAAGAGUGCGAAUGUGGUGUUUCAAAUCGUAAAGAAGUCUGUAACACCAAAGCAGUCUGCGCCAAAGACCCCAGAUAGUAUUUUGCCGCCAACUUUGAAACCAAGGCUGCCCGAAAAAACGAAGCUCAAGCUGAAUAAAUUGAUUAAUAAUAACAAUGUUUGGAGUAAUGCUAAUAUAGAAAAAAGUAAAAUUACUCAACUUACACCUUCACGAGGACAACAGGGCAAGCAGGAGCCCGCGCUGAAAGGCGCUCCGUCCGUUUCGAGUCUCGACUCGAAGCACAAAGUCGCCCCGUCGAGAGACAAGACGUUAAAAAUAUUCGGCUCCAAAGAGAAGCUCCACAAGGCGCACAAGAAAAAAGACUUGGGGAAUAACAAUGCGGUAUUAGAAGACCCAGAGCUGAGAGAGGUGCUAGAAUACGAAGAUGGGCAGGUGAGGGAGUACGGGAGCGCCGAGGAGCUGGGCUCGGUGGGCGAUCGCGGCUCCCAGGAGUGCGUGAGUCUACCGGUGAUGCUCAACGCCGACCACAUGCCGGGCUUCCAGGAGGUCGAGCUUAGGCCUAGAAUACCAUCUGAGGCAUCGCUAGGCAGCGGCGUGCGGGAGACGGAGGCGCUGCGGCGGGAGCUGGAGGCCUGCAGCGCGGAGCGUGCGCAGCUGCAGGCCCGCCUGCACCAGCUCGAGCAGCGCGCCGCGGAGGCUGAUGCUCUGAGCGCGGAGCUGCACCGACUGAAGGCGGCGGAGGCUGAGCGGGAGGCUGCGAUGGAGCGUCUGGCGGACGAAAACGGAGCGCUGAGAGCGCGGCUGCGCGGCGUCGCUCACUCGCCGCUGUCCGACAGCGAGAAGCGGCAGCUGCUGCUGGCGCCGGCGCCGCGCCGCAUGCACUCCUCCGCGCCCGCCUCCAUCGCGCUGGCGCACAACGUACGUAUCUGUAAUGUUGCAGCCUGCAGCGAGAAGCGGCAGCUGCUGCUGGCGCCGCGCCGCAUGCACUCCUCCGCGCCCGCCUCCAUCGCGCUGGCGCACAACCGAGAAGCGGCAGCUGCUGCUGGCGCCGCGCCGCGCCGCAUGCACUUCUUCGCGCCCGCCUCCAUCGCGCUGGCGCACAACGUACGUAUCUGUAAUGUUGCAGCCUGCAGCGAGAAGCGGCAGCUGCUGCUGGCGCCGGCGCCGCGCCGCAUGCACUCCUCCGCGCCCGCCUCCAUCGCGCUGGCGCACAACGUACGUAUCUGUAAUGUUGCAGCCUGCAGCGAGAAGCGGCAGCUGCUGCUGGCGCCGCGCCGCGCCGCAUGCACUCCUCCGCGCCCGCCUCCAUCGCGCUGGCGCACAACGUACGUAUCUGUAAUGUUGCAGCCUGCAGCGAGAAGUGGCAGCUGCUGCUCGGCGCCGCGCCGCAUGCACUCCUCCGCGCCCGCCUCCAUCGCGCUGGCGCACAACGUACGUAUCUGUAAUGUUGCAGCCUGCAGCGAGAAGCGGCAGCUGCUGCCGGCGCCGCGCCGCAUGCACUCCUCCGCGCCCGCCUCCAUCGCGCUGGCGCACAACGUACGUAUCUGUAAUGUUGCAGCCUGCAGCGAGAAGCGGCAGCUGCUGCUCGCCGGCGCCGCGCCGCAUGCACUCCUCCGCGCCCGCCUCCAUCGCGCUGGCGCACAACGUACGUAUCUGUAA